CUCUCUCUUUUUCUCUCCCGCACACGCUCAGAAGCAGAUCCACGCUCUCUCCUUCGAUCUCCGCCGCCGAGCGAACAGAGGGAAGAGGCAAGCGAGCGGAAGCGAAAAUGGCGACGGCGACAACAGUGAAGGACGUUUCACCUCACGAGUUCGUCAAGGCGUACGCCGUUCAUCUCAAGCGAUCCGGCAAGGUUGAACUUCCUCACUGGACUGAUAUAGUCAAGACUGCUACGUUCAAGGAGCUCGCUCCAUAUGACCCUGAUUGGUACUUUAUCAGAGCUGCUUCCAUGGCCAGGAAGAUUUAUUUGAGGGGAGGUCUCGGUGUUGGUGCAUUCCGUAGAAUCUAUGGUGGAAGCAAGAGGAAUGGCAGUCGUCCGCCACAUUUUUGCAAGAGCAGCGGCUCUGUAGCUCGCCACAUUCUUCAGCAAUUGGAGAAGAUGAACAUCGUCGAUGUUGACCCUAGAGGCGGAAGGAGAAUCACAUCCAGCGGCCGGCGGGAUCUGGAUCAAGUUGCCGGAAGGAUCAUCAUCCCCCAAUGACAGGAUUCAAGGCCCGGCACAUGACUGUGGAAAUGAGGCUGAUAGUCUUUGUUCUUUUAAACGAACUGCUGUUUUUGUCUGAACAGAUGCCUCUCUGGUUCUUGUUUUGUCACUCAUGUCUCUUAGAAUGCUA